UCAAGAUGGCGGCGGGGAGGUAGGCAGAGCCGGACGCCGCUGCUGCCGCCGCCACCGCCGCCUCCGCUCCAGUCGCCUCCGGUCCUUCAAACUCGCACCUCCCGGGAGGAGCUGUCCUGGCGCCGGGUCCCGCGGGGAAAAUGGUGGAACCAGGGCAAGAUUUACUGCUUGCUGCUUUGAGUGAGAGUGGAAUUAGUCCAAAUGACCUCUUUGAUAUUGAUGGUGGAGAUGUAGGGCUUGCAACUCCAAUGCCUACCCCAUCAGUUCAGCAGUCAGUGCCACUUAGUGCAUUAGAACUAGGUUUGGAGACCGAAGCAGCAGUUCCUGUUAAACAAGAACCAGAGGCUGUACCUCCUCCAGCACUAUUAAAUCAGCAGCCUCCAUCUACUACAACAUUUGUGCUGAAUCAAAUAAAUCAUCUUCCACCCUUGGGAUCUACAAUUGUAAUGACUAAAACACCACCUGUAACAACCAACAGGCAAACCAUCAUUAAGUUUAUCCAGACUACUGCAAGCACACGCCCGUCAGUCUCAGCACGAAUAGUACAAAAUGCCAUGACUUGUGCACCUUCAAAAGACCAAGUUCAACUGAAGGAUCUACUGAAAAAUAAUAGUCUUAAUGAACUCAUGAAACUAAAGCCACCUGCUAAUAUUGCUCAGCCAGUAGCAAGAGCAGCUACUGAUGUAAACAAUGGUACGGUAAAGAAAGAAUCUUCUAAUAAAGAAGGAGCUAGAAUGUGGAUAAAUGACAUGAAAAUGAGGAGUUUUUCCCCAACUAUGAAAGUUCCUGUUGUAAAAGAAGAUGAUGAACCAGAGGAAAAAGAUGAAGAAGAAAUGGGUCAUGCAGAAACCUAUGCAGAAUACAUGGCAAUAAAAUUAAAAAUUGGCCUGCGUCAUCCGGAUGCUGUAGUGGAAACCAGCUCUUUAUCCAGUGUUAUUCCUCCUGAUGUUUGGUACAAAACAUCCAUUUCUGAGGAAACCACUGAUAAUGGCUGGUUAUCAGCAUUGCAGCUUGAGGCAAUUACAUAUGCAGCCCAGCAACAUGAAAAUUUCCUACCUAAUGGAGAUCGUGCUGGCUUCUUAAUAGGUGAUGGUGCUGGUGUAGGAAAAGGAAGGACGAUAGCAGGAAUCAUCUAUGAAAAUUAUUUGUUGAGUAGAAAACGAGCAUUGUGGUUUAGUGUUUCAAAUGACUUAAAGUAUGAUGCUGAAAGAGAUUUAAGGGAUAUUGGAGCAAAAAACACUUUGGUUCAUUCAUUAAAUAAGUUUAAAUAUGGAAAAAUUUCUUCCAAACAUAAUGGGAGUGUGAAAAAGGGUGUUAUUUUUGCUACUUACUCUUCACUUAUUGGUGAAAGCCAGUCUGGCAGCAAGUACAAAACUAGGUUAAAACAACUUCUGCACUGGUGUGGUGAUGACUUCGAUGGAGUGAUAGUGUUUGAUGAGUGUCAUAAAUCCAAAAACUUACGUCCUGUUGGUUCUUCAAAGCCAACCAAGACAGGCUUAGCAGUUUUAGAGCUUCAGAACAAAUUGCCAAAAGCCAGAGUUGUUUAUGCUAGUGCAACUGGUGCUUCUGAACCACGCAACAUGGCCUAUAUGAACCGCCUUGGCAUAUGGGGUGAGGGAACUCCAUUUAGAGAAUUCAGUGAUUUUAUUCAAGCAGUAGAACGGAGAGGAGUUGGUGCCAUGGAAAUAGUUGCUAUGGAUAAGAAGCUUAGAGGAAUGUACAUUGCUGGAUAGCUGAGCUUUACUGGAGUGACCUUCAAAAUUGAGGAAGUUCUUCUUUCUCAGAGCUAUGUUAAAAUGUAUAACAAAGCCAUCAAGCUGUGGGUCAUCGCCAGAGAGCGGUUUCAGCAAGCUGCAGAUCUGAUUGAUGCCGAGCAACGAAUGAAGAAGUCCAUGUGGGGUCAGUUCUGGUCUGCUCACCAGAGGUUCUUCAAAUACUUAUGCAUAGCAUCCAAAGUUAAAAGGGUUGUACAACUAGCUCGAGAGGAAAUCAAGAAUGGAAAAUGUGUUGUAAUUGGUCUGCAGUCUACAGGAGAAGCUAGAACAUUAGAAGCUUUGGAAGAGGGCGGGGGAGAAUUGAAUGAUUUUGUUUCAACUGCCAAAGGUGUGUUGCAGUCACUCAUUGAAAAACAUUUUCCUGCUCCAGACAGGAAAAAACUUUAUAGUUUGCUAGGAAUCGAUUUGACAGCUCCAAGUAACAACAGUUCACCAAGGGAUAGUCCUUGUAAAGAAAAUAAAAUAAAGAAGCGGAAAGGUGAAGAAAUAACUCGAGAAGCCAAAAAAGCACGAAAAGUAGGUGGCCUUACUGGUAGCAGUUCUGAUGACAGUGGAAGUGAAUCUGAUGCCUCUGAUAAUGAAGAAAGUGACUAUGAGAGCUCUAAAAACAUGAGUUCUGGAGAUGAUGACAAUUUCAACCCAUUUAGAGAUGAGUCUAGUGAGGAUGAUGAAAAUGAUCCCUGGUUAAUCAGAAAAGACCACAAGAAAAACAAAGAGAAAAAAAAGAAGAAAAGUAUAGAUCCAGAUUCUAUUCAAAGUGCCUUAUUAGCAUCAGGUCUUGGAUCAAAACGACCUAGUUUUUCAUCUACACCAGUUAUCUCACCUGCUCCUAACAGUACACCAGCUAACAGUAAUACCAACAGUAACAAUAGCCUUAUAACAAGUCAGGAUGCUGUGGAAAGGGCUCAGCAGAUGAAGAAAGACCUGCUUGAUAAGCUAGAAAAAUUAGCUGAAGACCUCCCCCCUAAUACCCUGGAUGAACUUAUUGAUGAACUUGGUGGCCCUGAGAAUGUUGCUGAGAUGACCGGCCGCAAGGGACGGGUUGUGAGCAAUGAUGAUGGAAGCAUAUCUUAUGAGUCAAGAUCUGAACUUGAUGUGCCUGUGGAAAUACUAAACAUCACAGAAAAACAGCGAUUUAUGGAUGGAGAUAAGAAUAUUGCUAUCAUUUCAGAAGCUGCCAGCUCAGGUAUUUCAUUACAAGCAGAUAGGAGAGCUAAAAAUCAAAGACGAAGAGUUUAUAUGACUUCAGAAUUACUCUGGAGCGCUGAUAGAGCAAUUCAACAAUUCGGACGAACUCAUAGAUCAAACCAAGUGACUGCUCCUGAAUAUGUCUUUCUGAUUUCUGAACUGGCAGGAGAACAAAGAUUUGCAUCUAUUGUUGCUAAAAGACUUGAGAGUUUGGGGGCACUUACACAUGGCGAUAGAAGAGCAACAGAAUCUAGGGAUCUGAGCAGGUUCAACUUUGAUAAUAAGUAUGGAAGAAAUGCUUUAGAAAUUGUCAUGAAAUCCAUUGUAAACUUGGAUUCUCCUAUGGUGUCACCACCUCCAGACUAUCCUGGAGAAUUUUUAAAAGAUGUUCGACAAGGAUUGAUAGGAGUUGGCCUGAUAAAUGUAGAAGAUCGCUCAGGAAUUCUUACUCUCAAUAAAGAUUAUAACAACAUAGGAAAAUUCUUAAAUAGAAUUUUAGGCAUGGAGGUACAUCAGCAGAAUGCAUUAUUUCAGUAUUUUGCAGACACACUUACUGCAGUUGUUCAAAAUGCCAAAAAAAAUGGAAGAUAUGAUAUGGGAAUCUUAGAUCUUGGUUCUGGAGAUGAAAAGGUGAGGAAAAGUGAUGUUAAAAAGUUUCUGACUCCAGGGUAUUCAACCUCUGGCCACGUAGAAUUAUACACAAUUAGUGUAGAGAGGGGAAUGUCAUGGGAGGAAGCUACCAAGAUUUGGGCUGAGCUGACAGGACCAGACGAUGGCUUUUACUUGUCAUUGCAAAUAAGGAACAACAAGAAAACUGCCAUCUUAGUUAAAGAAGUGAAUCCUAAAAAGAAACUUUUCUUAGUUUAUCAACCAAAUACUGGGAAACAGCUCAAAUUAGAAAUUUAUGCUGAUCUAAAAAAGAAAUAUAAGAAGGUCGUCUCAGAUGAUGCACUGAUGCACUGGUUAGAUCAGUAUAAUUCAUCUGCAGAUACUUGUACUCAUGCUUAUUGGCGCGGCAAUUGCAAAAAAGCAAGCUUGGGGUUAGUUUGUGAAAUAGGUCUUCGUUGCCGUACAUAUUAUGUAUUAUGUGGUUCAGUGCUGAGUGUCUAGACAAAAGUUGAGGGUGUUCUAGCAUCUGUCAGUGGCACAAACGUGAAGAUGCAGAUUGUGCGGCUAAGAACGGAAGAUGGGCAACGGAUUGUAGGUUUGAUCAUUCCGGCAAAUUGUGUGUCUCCUCUUGUAAAUCUCCUAUCAACUUCAGACCAGUCUCAAUAGCUUGCAGUCCAACAGAAACAGCUAUGGCAACAGCAUCACCCUCAGAGCAUCACCAACUUGAGCAACGCAUAAAGAACAGACAGGUUUCAACAUGGA